CAUCUAGGGAGGGACUAUUUAGCUGGCUGGAGUUCUCAACAGCCUCACUCUGUCCAGGGCUUCACACGCUACUCUUCAAUCCCCAACAAUUACUAAGCAGGAAAGACAGUGGUGUCCUUGGCUCCAGAACCAGUGUUUCCACACUGCCUCCAGGAUGUCAGCUAGAGCCAUAGAGAGCGGGGAAGGCCAUGCCUUGGGCUCCCUCCUGCUAGAAUUGCUGCCGGAAGAGGAAGAAGAAUCUUCCGAGUCAAGCAACCAGACCUCCUAUGGCUCUUCUCCUCGGAAGCCACCAAAGGAACCACAUCAGGGACCAGAUGACUUUGGCUCUGACCCCAGAGAUCCACCCAAUUUCUACCAUUAUGCAGGCAUGACUGCAGCUGCUGUGAUUGGAGGAGUCGUGGCCGUGAGGGCUGUGCCUGAGUUGCUGGACACCGUGGGCUUCACCAGAACAGGAAUCUCCCACUCCUCCUUAGCGGCCAAGAUGAUGUCAUCAACUGCCAGAGCCAAUGGGGGCGGAGUUCCCUCUGGCAGCCUAGUCUCCAACCUCCAGUCCAAGGGGGCAACUGGACUUUCCACACCAACCAACAUCCUCCUGGGAUCUGCUGGGGCACUUUUGGGGGCCUUGCUGUGGGGUUCCUACAGGUCCUCCAGGAGGACCCAGUACUAAAGCAGAAAGAGGCUCCCAUUCUGGAAAUGACCCUCCAGGGCAUCAGGAUGUCAGUCUCCCAAAUGACAAGUCCCCUGCCUCCCAAAAUUCUUCAAAGAAUCAUAAGAAAUAAAGUCGAGAUGUGGUGACCUUC